CCCCAAUCCCUCGGGCCCGUAUGCACCUGCAUACCCAGACGCUACGCCACUGGUCUGUGUGUGUAACGGAAAAUCAAGUCUUGUUUUUAAAUGAAUCAUUUGCGUGACUGCAGACCCCUGGGUUGAGAUAACACCUUAUGAAGCCGGUUAUUCUCUCACUGGAGCGUUUGUGGACGUCUCCAGAUUUGGCAGUCAGUUUCACGAAGGCUCGAAGAAAAAGGACCAGCCUGAGAUGGACAUGCUCUACCUGCAGGCUCUGUGUGGCAGUGCUGUGGCGGAGAAUGACAACAUUGUAGCAUUAGUUUGGGAAAAGAUGAAAGAUUUGUUUCAUCAUAUAAGAUGUACAAAAGAUGAGAAAGAGUGUAAAGAUUCCACAUCGCUACCUAUAGCCGCCUGUCUGAUUCUCGAGACUCUUGUGGAAAUGAAUCUCCUGGCGGUAAAAGGCAAAGACCCUUCAGAUCUCCAAAACGACAUCAGAACGAAGCUGAACGAACUUGACGGAGGUGAAAGUCAAAUGGUGGAAAAGUCAGAUGAGACAGAUGCUAAACUGAAUGUCACGCCGUUCACCCUGGAGGUGUUUGAGCGCUUGAGCGUUCACUUCAGUUCCUGGUUACUUGAUGUUUUGAAGCACGUUUGUGAGUGGUUGGCAGAAUGGAUCUGGGGCAGAAAAUACAACUUUCUCCACAACGUGAAAGAUGAACGAGUGCCCUCCUUUCUGGUGGAAAGUGAAAAGAGAGACUUUGUAGACGCUGGUCUGUUGCUCAACGCAGGCUACAUCUCAGUGCUGAGACAAGAGAGAGACGUCGAUCUCAUCAUUUCUCUGGAUUUCAGCGAGGGAGAUCCUUUCCUGACGGUGAAGACGGCUGCUGAGCUGUGCAAGAAUCUAAACAUCCCUUUUACUGAGUCAAAAUAA